AUAGGCAUAUAUCAAUUAAACAAUCAGCGAACGGAAAAGUGAUUACUGGCAAAAAGGUAUUGCUGACCUGUAAAAUUUGCAAUCAACGUUAUGAAGAAUAUGUAAACAAUGGGCGCGGGAUCGCAAAAAUUGAGACCCAAUAUAUAUAGCGAAUUGGCCGUUUUUACACUAUGCAUAAUCUUGAGGCAUUAAACUGUCACAUCUAACGAACUGACUAGAUCGAAAACGUGAUCUAUAUAUCCUCUGCAAUUUCAACUGCAAUUGCAAUAUAAAGCAACUGCAAUUUCAACCAAUAUGAGCUCCUUUUUCAUCCCCGGAAUUCUGACUGACUUACUAGAUUUGCGACCAGUUAUACAAGGUGUGUAUGAAAAAAUUGCAAGCUUAAUAAUUCCAAGGGACCUACGAUUUUUGUUACUGAAAAGAAGCGAAUAUUUAUGAAUGUUUAGUAGAUUUUUAUACACUCUGUAUCGACAUGAGCUAGAGUUGUUCAUAGGGAUUCCACGUUUCCUCCGAUUCAACCAGACACGCGGUUACCGAAAACGGCGAAUAAAAUGAUUGCAACGCAAAACGUAUUUGCUUACCAGCAGGUUUUGCUCAAAAAAGGCAUUAAAAGGAAUUUAAUGAAAGGUUGCACAUUUUUAUUAAUAUCGUCUUUGUUGAGAAAUUUUGUCUAGACUGUCUGUAACAAGGAUUAUUAAGAUACUACAGGGGUUCAGAGGUUACUGCAUGGGUGUAAACAAGCAAGUUGUUGUUAACCUUUGGCGAGUCGUUCAAAGGGGGAAAUACCCACAAAUUAGAAAUCAGUUGCAAAAAAAUGUUAAUUUGCAGAAAUAUCAUGUUAGUUGUAUUCAAUGAGAACGCUUCUUGUUGAGUGUAAAAACAUGUAUCGUCGAUGUUAUAAACAGUGUACAAGUUCUCAAAUGUUAGCUAAUAAUCAGUCUCCUGCUAUAGCUGCACGCAAAUUUUUGGGGUUCCCGAUGAAUCACCUAUGUCAUUUCGGAAAACCCCUAAAAAAACUCCGAAGGCGAAGGAUGCAUAUAUAAAAGGGGCCACGGCAGUUCCAUAACUUAUUACAUGCACAUGUGUUUAAUAAAUCGAAAAUACAAAACCUACCGCAGGAAGCCUAUAAUGCACUAGUAGAGUCACAAUCGUCAAGAUGCUAAAGACAACAAAUGGCUAAGAGAAGUCUGUUUUUUCUUCACGAUUACUGCCGUUGUCGUGGGACAAUGGCACUGGACAAUUCAAACUGUCAAAAAUGCAAUUGUAGCGGUUGUCGGGUAGAUCUUAAACAAAGUCUUUAAAUCGCUGGUACCAUCUACAUUGUUGGGUAAAAUUUGUCUUAAAAAGACGCCAUUAGCAACCAUCAGUAAAGUAAUGCAUAGAGGAUGUUCCAGUUCCAGUUCCAGUUCGAAAAGCGUAAGAAAACGUUCCGCGAUCGUAUCCAAACUGAAAAUCCAGACAAUCCCACUGUUAAAAUAUUGUCGAAAAUUCGGUUUAAGAGACGCCUUAACGAUUUGGCGGUUGUUCAUUCAGUUCCGUGGAAAGAGCUUGGAAAAGGAGACUUCAAAAAUAUAAUUGUUGCCCUAGUUGAGGUGUUGAAUAAAUUUGAUUUAAAACCCUGGAAAAUUCAGUUUCACAGAGUAGAGAAAAAAGUUAAUAUAAUCAAAAUAAUCUUGCAAUCCUUUGAUAGUCAAUUGUGUGAAGAAAGUGACCUUCGCAAAAUAUUUACUCACGCUAUUUGUUUCAAUGAAAGGGGUCAACUAUUGGAAUUUUUAAAAUAUUAUAUUUCUUUUGUACAUUGUGCGGUUAGUAGCAAUUACUGUCGGUCUAUGUUGGAAUUUCGCAUUUUCUUGAAAGAAAAAUUCUAUGGAUUUAGAGAACGUGAAGUCUGUAAAAAUCGAUUUCAAUACGACUAUUGUAGAUAUUCCGGCAAAACAAUAAACAUACGUUGUAAAAUAAUUAAUAAUGUUUCUGUAAAACCAGCGACUUGUAACCAAUCAACACAAACGUCAGACAAUGAUAUAGAUUUUAAAAGGAGUAUUUUAGAAGUAAAUUUUGAGUCAAAGAAUAGCAGUCGAAAACCGCAAGAAAAUGAUACUUUAAUACGCGAUUUACGCCAUAAAAAGUUUUUAAUCCAAAAAAUACAGAGACAAUUGGAAUUAGAAAGACAGAAAUAUAUCGAAGAAAAAAAACAUUUAGAAUCGGAAAUAGCAAGUUUGAAAAAUGCCCUUCGGAAGAUGGACAACGAGAAGAGAAAUGUCUUAGUCGAGCUUGGAAAUAUUUUAGUCAAAAACGAUUUAAAAACAAAUGAAGCAAGAGCUGUAAAAAAAUUUCAGGAGAUUUUUCCUCGUAAGGCAGUAAAUGAUGGAAGCGAUGAUACGCCAGAGUAUAGUCCGAUGUCAAUCGUUAAUGCCACAUUGCGUUCAGUGGCACCAUUUCAGAAACCAGGAUUGGACCUGUAGAGUUACGUGCACAGCAAAGCGAUAAUCAACAAAAAAGGAAUAGACCUCAAAUUCAAGAUAACAACGAAAGUGGCGCUUUAUCUGAAUUAAUACCAUUCCCUGUUGAAGUGGCCGAAAGAAGUAGCGCAGAGUCAAUUGGUAAUCCAGUAGUGUUGAACGGCUACAAGCAGUUAUUGCUCACAAUUAGUUAUAGCCUACUCUUAGGUGAUAUUGUGGAGUUUAAGUGUUGGGCAAGUGAAAAUUUUUUCAUUGAAACCAAAUUUACAGCAACCGACGUCAUUCUUGAUUUAGACGGGAAAGGUGUUAUCAGUGUCUCAGAUUUAGAUGUGCUCCGUGUUUUCUUCGAGUCGAUUAAAAGAAUUGAUUUAGUUUACCUCAUUGAUGAAUUUAACUGCGGAGACCAUGCUAUGCUGAAAUUGGCCAUGUGUGGAAUAAAGGCAAGAAGCGUGAGAAAAACACGUGAAAUCACAAGAAGUCAGGCUCACCUGUCUAGGGUCCUUACGACAAAUCAUCCUUCGAGCUCUUCAUCUCCUGUGGAACAGAGCGUAGCAUCAGAAUCCAGCCGGAGCAGUCAAUGUAUAGGCGGUAGUCAACAUGACGCCUCCCGUGGGUGUUCGCGAUAUUCUCGAAGGAUCUCCAGAUCAGUUGAAAAUGAAGUUCCGAUGAGCGAGAGAUUCCUACAGAUUCCUACCAGACGGGAAAAUGAAAGAGGUGAUGGCAAUAGGUCUCGAGCAAAGAUUACCUCAAGUGCUGCUGAGAAAAGGGAGACGAAGCAUAAUCUCUCCGGGCAAUUAAAUAUGUCUCCAAGAUCAAAUAAUGUGGUGGAACAAUUGCAAGUGGAGAGAUGGUUGUGUAAUCACUACAAAAGACGUUGCAUGGUGAAAUUUGAAUGUUGUGAUAAAUACUGGGCUUGUCAUCGUUGCCACAACGAGACGAGCACGUGCCAGCAAAAGAAACUGAAAUCACGUGAUACGACGAUGGUAAAGUGCAUGGAAUGCGGUAAAGAACAACAAUUUGGCGAAAAUGAUCAAUUCUGCGUGGCAUGUAACAGUAAAUUCGCUGAUUAUUACUGUGGUCUUUGCAAACAUUUGACUGGAAUGGAUGAUCAUCCCUAUCAUUGUGAAAAAUGCGGAAUAUGCAGGAUCCAUGGAGAUCGUUCAUAUCAUUGCGACGUCUGUGGUGUUUGUCUUGAUGUUCAACUCAGAGGAAAUCAUAAAUGUCGUCCAGAUUCCGCUCAUGACAACUGUGGUAUUUGCUUUGAGGACGCAUUUACAGGCUGCCAAAUCCUUCCGUGCUCCCACAAAGUUCAUAAAGAAUGUGUCACACGUAUGAUUCAAAAUGGAAUGACACGUUGCCCGAUUUGCCGAGAGAGUUUUGCGCACAAACUUCAAAAACGAUCAAUUGAAAAGACAACAACCAGGAGAUGAGAUGUUUGUUUUGUAUUGUCACGUUUUGCUGUGUGUGGAAUUUAUUAGUCCUAUUUAACAAGGGCACCGUAGCGUGAAACAUGGACGGAUGAAAAUUAUGAAAUAUUCUAAUAACAAUACGUAUAGCUAGCACUUAAACAUACAACAUAACAGAAUAUCGUUAUAAAUAGUCAGUAAAAUUUUUU